UCCACACUGAAGAACUGUAGAUCAUCAGGAUCGAGUGUUAAUUAUUGUGGUCAUCAUGAAGAUGCUAGAGUCAGAUGCUCAGGAUGCAGAGGUUGUGUGUAGAGAGCUGGACUGUGGGGCUCCUGCACAGGUGCUGGGAGCUGCUGCUUUUGGCAAAGGAGACGCUCAGAUUGGAUCAAAAGAGAUUCAGUGCAGAGGAGACGAAUCACACAUUCGACGCUGUCCGUCAUCAAACUCACAUAAAAUAAACUGCACUCAUGAAAAUGAUGUCGGACUGAUAUGUCGCGGGUCCAUCAGGCUGGUGGGUUCUGGGGGAGUCUGUGCAGGGAGACUGGAGGUUUUUCACAGCGGCUCAUGGGGGACAGUGUGUGACAACUCCUGGGAUAUUAAAGAUGCCCAUGUGGUGUGCAGACAGCUGCAGUGUGGAGUGUCCCUCAGUAACCAGCAGGUACCAGCCUGGUUUGGUCCUGGUUCUGGACCCAUAUGGCUGGAUGAGGUGGAAUGUAAGGGGAAUGAGACGUCUCUGUGGAGCUGCUCUUCUCCAGGCUGGGGAAAACAUGACUGUCAACAUGAGAAGGAUGUAGGAGUCGUGUGCUCAGAGUUUAAAGAGAUCAGGUUAACUGAGGGCUGUGAAGGGAAUGUGGAGGUUUUCUACAAUGGAUCCUGGGGUAAUGUGUGCUGGAACCAGAUGGACGGAGACACCGUGAGUCUGAUCUGUCAAGAGCUGAACUGUGGAAGAUCUGGUGUUUUGUCUGAUUCUACAGCAAGAGUGAAAUCAGCUCCUAACUGGUUGGAUAAAGUAACAUGUCGACCACAUGACUCCACUAUAUGGCAGUGUCCAUCUUCACCAUGGGGACAGAAUGACUGUGGUGAAGAUGAAGUGGCUAAAAUUACUUGUUCAGUGGAGGAGAGUUACGAGUCUCCUCGGAGUCAUCUGACAUGUUCAACAUCUCCUCGCCAGAGACAGUGUUCAAAUCAUCUUCCUCUCAGACUGAGUGGAGGGGAGGGCCGGUGCUCUGGGAGGCUGGAGGUGUAUCAUAACGCUGUGUGGGGCUCAGUCUGUGAUGAUCAGUGGGACAUCAGCGAUGCUCAGGUGGUCUGCAGGCAGCUGGGUUGUGGAGCAGCACUGAGGGCUGAUGGGAAUUCAGUCUUUGGUGCUGGUGAAGGUGUUGUGUGGAUGAACAAAGUUGAGUGCAGAGGGAAUGAGAUUCACCUGUGGGACUGUCCUCUCUCCCUGAAAAACCACACUGACUGCUCCCACAAAGAGCACGCUGGACUCACCUGUGCAGAUCAUUUCAUAAUUUCGAAUGUGUUUGUGUCUGUUUUGGCAGAUGUGUCAGUGUCCCCUACUCCUGCCACAACAACAUCAGCUUCUCCUCCAGUUUCUCCUGCAGUGCGCUCAACAUCAGUCACUCCUCCACAAACUCCUCCAGCAGCGUCUCUCUCCGUCCCCGCAGUGCUUGUGAUUGUACUGGGAGUUUUGCUCUUACUGCUCUUAGUGUCACUGCUUAUACUGAUUCAGCGAAAGAGAGUGACGAGGAGAGGUCUCUCUGACUGGUACACAGGACUACACAGGACACUGACUCGAGAAGUGAUAAGCGGGUUCAUAUUAGGUGCAUUUGUAGAGUUGGAAGAGAUAAAGAACUAACUCAGUUCCCCAAACACAAUUUAUUUUCAAAUAAGGUCAAAUAUGAUAUGAACGAUUGCAUCAGCUCUUUGAGUCAAUGCAGUUUAUUGAAAACUUCUGACUGUUCAACGGUUGCUAUAAAAAAAGGCCAGCCACAUAAAACGAAGACUAGUUUAAACUGCACUGACAGAUGCCGACCAAUGCAACAGACACCACUUGUCAGGUUUUGUUGGAUCAUUGUGUCUCCCUGUCAGUGUCAGUGUCAGUGCCAUUAGUCUUCAAUUGUUUCCAUGAACUAAAUAUGUUCAUUCUGCAUUUUUCAAGUUGUGGAAAGUCUAAGCUGAAUGGUGAUUUUACAAAAAACACUUGACGUAAUCUGAUGAUUGUCAUCAUCUGUUGUUGCAGUGUGAAUUAACCCUGAAAUGCAGUGAGCUGAAUAAACAGGGGUUGCUCACACAGAAUGAAUUUGAGCUUUUAAAAAAGCA